AGGGUCUGUUGCAUAGCUAGCACUGAACUGGGAAAAGUUCUUGUCUGAUGUUCAUCUGAAGACAUUUUCUUUCGCAUCUUCUGCUUGACAGGGACGACAGAAUGAGAUUUUACCACAGAAUAACUUUGGCACUGGCAAUAAUAUGCCUUUUUGGGGACAGAGGACUGGGAGCCCCAUCCAAAGGCAGGUAUAUGUGGGUGAAAUGCAAGCCGGAGGAUAAGUACGCAAACUGUGUCACACAAAAGGGCCCCCUGGUGCCCCUAUCAGGACAAAGCUCUCGACUUCCACCUUCUGCUGCAAAACACAUAUUCCCAGUUAGCACAGAGGAAGCCACUCCUGAGAUGGAGGAGCAGUCAGGAGAGGGUUCAGGUAACUCAGACGCCUUCGCUCCUUUUAUCAGCAUGGAUCAGAAGUUGAUGAGAGACGCAAGAAGUCCAGAGCAAGAAGUCAACAAGAAUGAAGAGGAGGGGUCGACUGAGUUCAGUGGAGACAUUGAUUACUCUGAAUAUGUUGCACCUCAAAAAAUAGAUUGGCUUUCUAAAGAGGAUUUGAAAGAGGAAAACAUUAUUGCAUAAAGGGUUACCUUAGAUCUCAUGUGCUUUUUAUUUUUUUGUACAAUGUGAACCAUACGGGAUGCUGCUUUUUUGGUCACAGGUAUAAUUAAUAUAUAUUCUUAAACUGUGACAUGCUCUGCAAAAGUUUAUUGUAUUCCAGUUUGCAUUGUAAGGAUCUAUUUUUGUUUGCUCUUCAACUUUGAAACUUUUAUAUUAUUAUUUGUUUAUUUACUCUUAAUGUCCACAGUGUGACCUAUGAUCUUUAUUAAAACAAUAAUUUAAAUCCAUUUGGAAUGGAAAUAUUACUAAAUUCAACAGGGGCAACUGAAAUAAAUUGUUUGGAUAGCAAGAAGUAAAUUUUGUACAAAUAUUUUUUGCCAUAUUGUAUUUGUAAUAUAUUCUGAACUUUCAAAAAAAGCAUUCGCCUGUUAUUUUAAGCACUUUACACCAGAAAAAGGAGGAAUGAACUGUAUUGAAGAAAUGUUCUAAAUAUGAGAUGAGGUCAGCUGUUCAGGCUUCCUGUUUUACCAGAAGUGUAUUAUCACACUGUCUUGUGCGUUUCCGGACUUACAUCUCAUGAUCGGUUUCUCAGCAUCUAGAAGAGUACAGACAUAACAUUUAGAAUCAAUCUGUAUGUAGAGCAACAUUAUAAAAUUGUUUUCAAAAGGUGCAAAUGUGGAAUUCAAAAGUAUGCCAUGUGGUUAAGAUGACACACUGCCUUCAGAAACCAUUUACACCCACAUUUAGUUUCUGUUACCUUCAAAGUUACACCAACACAAUCAAAUAUUUUCCUCGCUUUAGAUUCAACACUUGUAACUUUUCAGAAGCAAAAGGAGAUUUUCAUCUGGAUUCAAAGCUGGACUUUCAUGGGCCAUUUCACAUAGCUAGCAAACGCCAGAUGUGACUUUAUCAGAAGUGGCAGCCACUCUCUCAAGAACCAAACAGAUCAGUAUCUCCAGUUUCUUCUAUUCCAGCUAAAGAGAUCUGCAGCUCCAUUAGUGUUGUGUGGCUGGCCUUUUUGUUCAACUAUGACCAUCACUUCAUUUGAAUGGCCUGGCCUGAUAUCAGAAGAAGUUUGUGUUGUGCAGCGUUUCAUCUGUUGUUGUAACAAGUGAUUUCACAGCUUCAAGGGACAUUUUUUUUGUUGUUGC